CUCAUACUUUCUUUUAUCAUCUUACCAUUCGGGGGGGAGGGAAAAAAAGAGAAAGGGGUACGGGUUCGGCGUAUGUAUGUACAUAAACGACACUAUUAGCGUCUGGUGACUUGCUUUCCGCCACGUUCUCCCUGUCAUGUAUUUUCUCCUUGUCACUUGUCUGUCCAUGGACUCCUCGGUAGCUUUGGAGGAGGGUGUUGCGGAGACGGGGGCACGGUGUUUGCUUUUUUUAUCGUUUCUAGUUUCUAGUUUCCUCUUCUUGGCCGGAGUUUGUUUCCCCUACAUGGUGUUAGGCAGCUUUUUCCACUUUUCACUCGUAACGCUCGUAACGUUGACGUCUUUUCUCUUCAUAUUUCGUCGUGUUUCUUCCUUUCCUAGAGUCUUACGUACAGUAUGGCUUUGCAGGUCGUUCCUCCUUUCGUCGGCUGGUGUGGAGUUUUGUUUCCUAGAGCGUUACUCUUACCUAGGUAUGUAGACUUUCCUGGUCCAUUUUCCCCGCUAUAGUUUUCCUCGUUCUAUCGUGCUACGCCGUGACGAUCGAGAACAGGAAAUCAGAGAUAGUAUAAAUGUACAGAACCAAUUACAUAGCCCUAGUAGUAUAUCUGAAGCG